AUGUCCACUCAGGACGCACGAAAGACGUCACCCUCAUUGAGCGUGUCCAGUGAAGUGAUCCGGCUAUACAGUAAGUUAAUAUGCCGGGAAUGUGAGGCAAAUAAACAAAAACGACAACGUGUUUGGGGUCCAGCCGUCACCAAUAACCGAACAGUACGUCAUUUGGACGGAUGUGUCAUGUGCGGGACACGGGCCAAAAGAAGGCACGAAGAGUGCCAGCUAAUCCGAGUCAAGCACCUUGACUCGGCUUCUUGCCCCCUCACGGACAUUCUGGCACGACCUUGUGGAACACUCUCUGACUACCCUGUAUACACAGUUACCGUUCCCCGAGUACGUCAACCUAGACCCAAACUCCCUCGUGACCUUGGUUUCGCAGAUGCUGUCAAAAUUCUGGCCCAAAUAUUCGGUGAGCAAAGUUCCUUGUUCAAUAUUCGUUAUCAGUGUCUCAAGAUUACCAAAAGGGAUACUGAGGAUUUCAUCACAUAUGCCGGUGUGGUCAACAGAGAAUGCGAGCGCUUUCAGCUCAGCUCCAUGACCGAGGAUCAAUUCAAGUGUCUCAUCUUUGUGGCUGGUCUUCAAUCACCACACGAUGCAGAUAUUCGGACCCGGCUACUGAAUCGAAUUGAACAGGAUCCAGUGUUGACGCUUCAGAAACUUACCACCGAAUGCCAGCAUCUUAUCAAUCUCAAGGCCGAUGCUGCAAUGAUUGGACAUUCCAAAUUCUCUCAGCCUGAUAUGGUAUGCAAAGUAACUUCCAAAAGGAAGUCAAGUUCAAAACGAACUCCAAGAAAACCGCCCACACCCUGUUGGUUUUGUGAAGAAUGGCACUAUUCACGCCACUGUCCCUACCGGACCCACAGGUGCAGUAAGUGCAGUCGAAAGGGUCACAAAGAAGAAUGCUGCAGAGACGACUUCAGGAGCUCGCGCAAACACCGACCCGACAAAAGGACGCAGGCAGAGGCUGUGACCGCCACGUUCAGGAUGAAAUCACCUGGUCGACGUAAAUUUGUCACAUUAUGUAUCAAUGGCACACCAGUUACUCUCCAACUGGAUACAGGUUCUGACCUCACUCUGAUUUCAAAACGAACCUGGAACGAAGUUGGAAGGCCACCAGUGGAACCCACAAAGUGCAUCGUUCGUAAUGCAUCUGGUGGAAGCCUCAAACUGACCGGGAAGCUGAACUGUUCCGUAACGUUCAAGGGAAUUCAUCUCAGUGGCACUUGUUACGUCACGAACUACACAGGCCUUGAUCUCUUGGGCCUGGAUUGGAUUAACGAGCUUCAACUGUUGGAUGAACCCCUCAAUGCCGUUUGUGACGAAACAACUGCAAACGGCCCCGAUACGUUCACGAGAACAUCACGUCCUGACGAUUUUGUGGUCGCUACAGUUGCAGCCAAACCGGAGACCAGAUGGAGCAUACGCGACACAGCGACUAUUCAGCUUCUGGCGUCCGGCAGCGGUAGCCCUCUCACCUCAGUGCAAUUUGGUGAACCCUCCCAGCAGCCCGCAACGUUUCACCCGCGAUCUGAACCGUUCAGUUUACAGUCGCAGGUUCAGGCGGAUCGUCCUACUGCUAUCCGGAAAGUCAAGGAAGUGGGGCCGGCAGAAGGGACGCCACAACAGUCACACAGAGACCAGCCACCGAUUCAAAUAUAUGAGGAAUGCUCUCCACGGUGGACGCAGGGUCGACGAUGUCAAACACGAGGCACACGCCCAGAACUUGCGAUUGAUGACUUCGUUCGUGGUGCAUCGGUUUUGCGUGCAACACCUGCUCGUCACGUAAGGCCGACAUCUUCAGAUAUCUCAAAAUCAAUCUUGGAACCUCGACGCCAUAUCUGUCUAGCCGCCUGCAAUAUCCGCACUCUGAAACGAGCAGGACAACAAGCUGCUUUUGCUCUCACACUGCAUUCGCUUGGUAAACGCACUGUAAUGGUGACUGCUAUUCUCCUAGCGAUUUCGUUUAGCGUUACCCUCACUGAUGCUUACGUAAUUGAAGGAUCCCUUACACCACCUGUUGACGCACCUAUGGACUGGCACGCGCAUACGCGUAUUCAUGUUGAUGGCUCUCAAUAUGUGGGCUUUGUCCGAUCUGAUGGAACUUUCCAGGUUUCUGGUGUUCCUUCGGGUUCCUAUCUGAUUGAGCCUAUUCACCCGAGCUUCAUUUUCCAGACCGCUCGUGUCGAUAUUAAUUCCAAAGGUCGAAUUCGAGCUCGUCGCGUAAAUGCUCCUCAGCCAAACGCAGUGGAUGAACUACCCUACCCACUGAAACUGUCAACUCACGGAAAGGCAGUGUAUUUCAAGCCAAGGGAACAGUUACGCACGAUCGACCUUCUCUUCAACCCAAAUGUUCUGUACGUCCUUGUUCCAUUCUUGCUGGUAAUGGUCCUGACAAAAAUGGUGAACACAAACGACCCGGAGUUGCAGAAGGAGCUUCAGCAAAUGAAUUUACAACAACAACUGCCCGACAUGAGCGAGUUGUUGUCAUCCGUAUCGUUGUUCGGUGAUCGAAAGAAACCGUCGGGUUCGGGUAAGCGCAGAGUCACGGAUGAUGGGAACAGAGCCACUGGCACAAGCAACGAGGCUGGAUUUGGUUCAGCUACACAUCAUGGAUCUUCAGGCCGCAAAGAGAAAAAACGCAGGGCACAGUGAAGAAAACGUAAUAGAUCCGUCCAAUCGCUCAUGUGAUGUCUAAAAACCCUUUCAAGUCAAUUUAUACGCAAAGUGUAUUUUGUCAGAAAAGAUACUACCAAAGCUUGUACCACAGGAAAUCACUAGUUUCCUCGAUUGUUUUUCUUGAGCACAUUGAAUCAAUUUCCAUUUAAUGAUGGGUUUUGUUUCCGGAAAGCUGAUAGUUCAUUCAGUGGACCGUGAUAUUGUUCACCUGUAAAAAAGUGAAUUACAGCCGUGAGAGUGCUCGAACAGCAGUUGUAACAGUCCGUCGGACGAGAUGAUACUACUGGGAAAGGGUACUUUUGGCGUCUUAUGGGGGAUUCCCAUUAAUAAGAGAUGUAUUUCUGAUACCGAGUUACAUAAUCACAGGUACGAUUAGCAUUCAUGACGUGUGUGUGUGUCGAAAAUAGGCCACAGUCAACAGAUAGUAACGUUCUUGGACUGAAAACCAAGGGAUUCAUUUAUGCUGUGCACAGCGAACAGAGAAAUGCUGCUAUCGCCUUUCAGAGGUUUUACUUCGAGAGUUACGAUAACCACUGAAUAUGGCCGACAUAAAUUCCACUCAGCAAAACUAGUCACGCAAAUGUUCGGGGUCUUUUGAGGUGUCAGUUCAUAGGUCAUACUCCGGACGCGCCACAUAUGGCAAUCAUUUGCAGUAUCUCCUCAAGAGUGGCCACCACAAUGACAAAUGGGAGAUUAAGCCCUUAAAGAGGAGCGGUUGUCAUGUUCACACUGAAUAAAGAGACUAAUGGGGACUUCCCAGUACGACGGUACAUAUUGAGGGUUAGUCUACUUCAAGCCAACCGUUACGUCUUUGUUUCAGGAGAGUAGUGUCGA